GUGUCUGUUGAUGGAUAUAAAGAUCAAACCAAAUGUGAAGCAAAUAGAUAAAGUGAUAUCCGCUCAAAGAGUACAAUUACUGCUUUAGCACUAUUAAAUACAAAACGAAUACUUUGCGUAUUUUUAUUUUUGAAUAGCGAUCAGUGAUAACAUUCAAUAGGUCAGAUAUUAUGAUAUUAAAUCUGAACCUUUAAAACAAGAAAAACUAUGGGUGGUGCUGUCAGCUCACUAAGAGACCUCGACACCGUCACUAAAAGACUUGUCCAUCUGUCAGAGAAUGACCCUAACAAAGAAAUCUUUGUCUUCUACACCUCUGGACUUCGUGAGGCCUACACUGCCAGACAACUCUACACCUUGGCUGGGAGGUUUGCAUUCAGGUUACGCCAGCGUGGCUUCCAGAAAGGGGACGUCAUCGCCAACACCCUGAACGAUUCCCCGGAGCGUGCGGUGACAGACAUUGGUAUAAUGUUAGCAGGAUGUGUCACAAUGAACAUACAGCUUCUUCUGGCCGAUGGCUCUGAUUUUCGUUUUAUGGCCCAAAACAGCAAAUGUCGUGCAGUGAUUAUGUCUCCAUGGAAGCAAGGAGCAGCAUGGAAACUAAUGAAUCAAUUCUACUCUGGCAAAUCAGACCAAGGCUUUGUUGACAUUCAUGUUGAGAACAUCCCGGAUCUGACGUCAGCUAUUCUGGUUGGUAGGACUGAGAAUGGAGAAAAUAAACAUUUUCUGAAUGACUUAAAGAUCGGCCGUGAGGAUAUCUAUGUCGAGCCAGCUAAACCGGACGACCUGUUGAUAAUCAUUUCAACUUCCGGAAGUACCGGCUACUCCAAACUUGUACCCAGAAGUCACGAGGAUACUUUGAAAAGCGAGGAACUUGCCCAUCACGUUUUGUGCCCUGGAGUCCAAUGGAACAGUCCUAGAGAGAAAUGUUUAAAAUACUACAACGAUAAAUCAAUGGGUUGGGGUAUUGGUAUACCUUUUGCUCCAAUAUGUCACGCUGACACCAGAGUACUGACAGACAUUUUCGACGCUGCGGUCAAGAGAACAGGAAAGGAUCUUUGGGAAGCGUCCACCAAAGAAAACGCCCAAUGCUGCCCUAUGCUUUGUCUUGAGAUGGACAGUGUACGGGAGUAUAUCGACUCUGUUGGAGGUUCGGACUUUAAGUUUAAAAUGCUGAUUGCAGGAGGACAGCCUUUGAGGAAGAGUCAAAUGGAAAACUUUCUGACACUGACAGAGAAACUUAUUGUCACCUAUGGCUCCACAGAAGCUGGGCAUUUAACUGCGAAAUCUAUUACUAAAGGUGACACUAUACAGUCCAACGACAACGGUAAGGUCCUGCCUGGUGUAGAGUUACGUAUUGUGGCUGAGGAUGGUAGGCAAUGUCGGCCUGGGGAAACAGGAACUAUAGAGGUCAAAGGUCCCGAUGUAUUUAAAGGCUACUACAACAGACAGACCAGUCCAGACCCGCAGACAGUGAAAGCUUUCACCUCAGACGGGUGGUUCAAGAUGGAGGACUAUGGUUACAUCGAUGAAGAUGGAAACGUCUUCGUGUUUGGUCGAACUAAAGAUAUUAUUAUCUACGGAGCAGAUUUGCUGUAUCCGGGAUGGAUGGAGAAAAAGUUGAUGGAACACUCUGACGUAUUGGAGGCUGUUGUAGUUCCGGUGUCAGAUCCACUGUUGUACCAAAACAUCUGUGCUUGUGUUAAGAUAAAGAGGGACAGCGAACUCAACGAAGAUCAACUCAGAAAAUAUUGUGAUCAAAUUUUUCUACCAAAUCUUGUCACUGAGGAAACACCAAAACCGCAAUACUUUAUUAUUACCAAAGGGGAUUUCCCUGAGACCUCCACUGGAAAACCAAACAAGAAACGACUUAGAGAGAUGGCCGAAUCAAUGUUUGGAUACGAUAAGAAAGUUAUUUCAUCAGAGGCGGAGCCAGAGUCAGAAACCUAGGACAGUACUAUGAAGAUACUUUUCGGUAGAAAAAAAAAAGUUAAACUCUGUUUGCUUGUAAAAUGUGUAGCUAAGAGAACAAUUAUAAGAAAGAAGAUAUUACAAAAUUUUAAUUGCCAACUUAUGCUCUCUCCUUUCCACUUUCUUUUUCUUUCUUUCUCUCCCGCUAUUUCUCUCACACUCUUACUUUCUCUCUUCCGUUCUCCCGAGCUCUCGUUUCCCACCCCCCUUUCAAUGUUCACAACUAUCAAACUGUUAGUCACAUUUAUUUAUUUCAUUUUUUUUUUACAAUCGUUUGUUGAUAGUGAGUAUUUUUUUUUUGUAUAUCAAUGUCUACUGUUGAAAAAAUAAAUAUUUUUCAUCUCAUUUUAAA